GCUCGACAUCUACCAGACGCCGGCCAUCGUGUCGGAGGGCGUGGUCUCCGAGAUCAAGGGCUUCUUCCGCGAGCUCACGCGGCCCGCGGGGGCGUACCCGCACAACCACGUGAACCCGCAGAGCGUGCAGACCAACCGCCUGGGCCGGCCCCUGCAGUUCGCCGACACCGGGGACACCUGGGCGUUUGCGGGCUGCGAGUGA